AUAAGAUCGCGACCGAUCAAGAUGCGGCGGCAUGCGACGCAGCCGAUCCUCGCGAUGGACAUGCGCAUCGUGUACACCGUGUACCGGUACAAGGAGGCGUGGCCCAGCGUCAGCGUCGUCUUGCACGGCCUUGCGUCGCGGUACCGGACGCAGGACAUCUCGGUCGUCCUCUGGUUUAUCUUUGUCUUCAUGACGCCCGAGCUCGGGUUUCGCUACGUGUGGAACGUGGUUGGCAACUUUCUCGCGGUCGUUGCGCUGCAAUAUGUCCUCCAGGCCAAGCGGCCCAUCGACUACGACAGCCGCUUGUACCUGCCCGAGUGCACGGACCCCGACACGAUGGGCUUUCCGUCGCUCGACUCGCACAUGGCCGUCGUCAUUGUCGGCCCAACGUACUUUGUGUCGUCCGUCUCGCCCGUCACGUGCGCGAUCUUUACCGCCUGCGUGGUCCUCAUCGGCUGGACGCGCGUCUGGAUCGGCAUGCGCUUCCCGUCGCAGGUCGUGGCGUCGUGGGCCACCGGUAUCGUCGGCGUCAUCAUCGGCAAUCUCUGCCACUACACGCUCGUCGCGUACGAGCUCCCCGCCUACUACAACCGCGUGUGCCUUUUGCUGCUCGUUGCGAGCGCGGCCUUCUGCCUGGCCACGUGGGUCGAGCGCGCCGAGUGCCGUGUGGUCGGUGUGCCGCGGGCCGAAUUCACGCGCGUCCUCUCGCGCAUUCUGCAUGGCGACGGCUCGAACGGCGCGCCCGAGACCGACCCAUCGCCGCCCACCACCUCGACGAAGCGCGACUCGUUCUACUUUCUCAUGAAGUCGAUGCACGCCCGGCGCACCCCAUCCACAUACAAGGCCAUGCACACGAGCGAGUAG